UAACCUUAACUUUGCACGAGACCUACCAAAUUUCCAAUAAUUUUUGUAUGAUUGCAAUGUCAAAAAAUGACAUAAAUUUUUAGUUGUGUUUUUAUUUUUUAUAUUUAAUUUUUCGUAAAUUGUAGUGUUGCGCUUUUAGGUAGUCAAAAUGAAUCGGGCGAAAUCUCGCCAAAACGUUGAAAUAUGCGGUGAUUGUGGCGCAUCUGAUGCGACAUGGGCAUCUGUUAAUAAGGGCAUAUUGUUAUGUACCCAGUGUUGCAGCAUACACCGGAGUUUGGGAAGGCAUAUAUCACAAGUGAAAUCAUUGCUAAAAAGUCCCUGGCACCCUAACCAAUUAAAUAUGGUUUGUACACUAAAUAAUAAUGGAGCAAAUAAUAUCUGGGAGCAUGCUUUGCUUGAAAACAGCUCUAAGCUGAUGAAAAAGAAACCUGGUCCCAAGGAUUCCCUUAGUGUCAAGCAAGAGUAUAUUAAAGCUAAACAUCAACAAUGUGCAUUUGCAUUUCGAGAAAAUUAUGAAGAUGGAUUAUUGAGUGUGGAGAAUGAAUUAGGAAAACAGUUGCAUGCAAGUGUUAGAACCCCAAAUUUAGAAACCUCAUUUAGGCUUCUAGCACUGGGUGCAGACCCCAAUUAUUUUCAUGAUGAAAAGGGCUCAACACCUUUACAUGUAGCAGUAAAAUCGGAUCAAAAGUUGCAAGUAGAAUUGCUUUUGGUAUAUGGAGCAGAUCCAACAUGUCCUGACAAUCAAAGAAGGAGUCCUUUGGAUUAUUCUAGACAAUCUAACAAUAAAGAACUUAUGAAUCGAUUAAUUGAAAGCCAAUACGAAGUAACAGAUGUAUUUACCUAUUAUUUAUCACUGAGAAAACCUGAUCAUUCAACGGGAGUGCAUUUUUAUAUACCCCCAACUGGAUUUAAGUCUAACCCAAUUUCUUUAGACAAAUUGCAAAAGUUACCAAAUCAUGUUUUUGAAGAACUGGUAACUGAUGUUUAUGAUGAAGUCGACAGAAGGCAAACAGAAGCAGUGUGGUUGAGUUGUGCAGACACUACCGAAUUGAAUGACGUUCCCUUUCUGCCCGUGGACAACACACUUUCAACAACCAGAAAUCAAGGCAGACAGAAGUUGGCUAGGUUCUCAACUCCUGAGUUGAAAAGUUUAGUAUAUGAUAUUCUAGUUGACACCCAACGGAGACAGAGCAUUGAUCAAGGUAGCACAAUUCAAUUAAGAGUUACGACAGAGAUGGAUGAUGAGCCUCUAUAUGAUUCUGUUGCAUCAGAUGAAGAUUAUGCUGUGCCCUUUUCAAAAGAGGAUGAUAAAGGUACUAGAAUAAAUAAAGACAGUAUUAUAUCAAUUGACAGCAUUAGCAAGACAAACCAAAUGUUGGAGCAACUUACAAAACAGCUGAAAAAUUCUGACAACACAAUUACUGAUCUAAGAGAGGAGGUGACUCUAUUAAGGCAACGCCUUAAGAUGUUAGAGAAUGAAAAUUUUGAAUUACGUGGUCGUUUAUCACAGAAACAUUCAGUCAAUGGUGAUAGCGGGUUUGAUUCCUUGGAAUUUAUAUCAGAGGCACAGCAAACUGAUCAGUGUCCUGGUGUGCCAAAUGGGACAUCAACUGAUGAGUUGGAUUUGAAACAAACUCGCAAAGUACAAAGACCCUCAAGCAUGUAUGAAACCCGAGAGGGCAUUAAAAGAGUUCCAUAUUGGCAUGCAAUGAAGAAUCAGAUAAAGCAAAAUGAACCCAUCAGAAAUACAAUACAGGGUUUGUAUUCUUCGCCAAAGGACAGGGAAACCAUUUUGCAGUGUACUGAACAAAUCACAAGGACCAUUCAACAGUUGUGUAAGUGUAUUCAAGAGCCAGAUGGUGACGAAUGUGUCAGCAGCGGCGAGAAGGUUAAAUUAGCUAUUUCCAAACUGGCCGCCACAGUUCCAAAGGAUACAGAAUCAGAAAAAGUAAAACUUAUGCUUGAAGUGGCCAAUCACUUGCAACCUGAAUGCCUCAGUCUGCAGGUAUCAAGGAUGAAAGGAGACAGCAAAGCGGUGGAACUUCAUUUUGGUAACAUCAGAGACAUUGCUUUUAAUCUCGCUAAGUUUACAAAAGAAAUUGUCACAAAAUAUUCUUCAAGUCAGUGAUAAGUCGAGAGUCUCUUAUCUGCUAGUUAUUAGUGAUUGUGGUCUUUCAACAUUCCAUUAAGGUAACCAUCUGUUUUGGCAAAUGUUUUCACUUUUGUGGUCUAUCAGAAAGAAAGAAAAAAAAACAGACUAUCUGCAUAAAAGAUGUACAUUUCUAUUGUAUAUUGAACCAUACAUAGUCAUAAUCUUUAGCUUCAACAAAAAAGUAAAUUUGACUACAUGGACUAACUACGAAUGUACUAUAUAUAGUUGUGGGUGAGAGAAAGAAAGAAUUACCAAAUAAGAACUAAUAAUUCAUUCAAAUUUAAAAAAAUACCUUUCCCUUCGGUUUGGUGUUUUUAAAAGACAUCAUUAAUUGUCUCUGUCUUCUGAUUUGUGUUUGUUUAGUUUUGGUGACUGUUGCGUGGUAAAACACGCUAAAUUAUUAGUUUUCUCGUGAUAAGGCACUCAUUUCAACUCUGUUACCGUCCUUACCAACACUAUAUCAUCUGAUAACUAUAUGAAUAUACAUAGCUAUCUGUUGUCAGUUUAAAGUAAAGACUCGAAGUCCAAGAGUAUUGUCAAAGAUUAUAUAAGAAUAAUAUAUAAAGUUGUCUAACUGCAAAUUUGUUGUCCUCUUCCCUUCAGACUGUGUUUAUCGUCCUAAUAAUAUUAUUGAAAGUGCAGGUGAUAUUACAUUAUUAUAUGUAUAUGUAUAGAUAAUUUCUAUGGUGAAGAUGAAUAUUUCACAUAAGCGACUGUUCACUUUACUCGAUUCAAUUUUUGCUUAAUAAAAAAUAUUGUUAAACAGUCUAAUAACUAAUAAUUACGAAAUUGAGAUUGUUAUAUUUAAAAUACAAAGUUAAAUAUAAGUGUUGAAUUUAGUUUGUUUGCUCUACAAAUUUUUAUAUAAAUAUUUGUAUAUAACUAGAAGGGGAAAGGCAGUAACAGAACUGUAAAUAAGGAGUUAGUUGGCCUUUUAGUAUGAAGUCAAGGUUUCGCCCGUCAAGCAUGAUGAAGCCCACAUUUAUGAGCGAAAGCUUAACGUCAUAAAAAAAGUCAAAUCAAUCACACUCAUAUUUUUUUAUGUUCUUAAAUGAAAUGACUAACCUACCUGAUGUACGUUGGGUGUGGGUAUCUCCCAUAGAAACAUGCAUACACACGCAGACACACAAUUUAAAACAACUUUUGAAAACCUUAGUGGCAGGUUUGAUUCACUGACUGAUUUCUCUUUCACGCAAAUUGUUAGGGUUAUAAUGGGGUGUUAAAAACAUACAUGGUUUUUGGUUCAAUAUGCUUCAUCUAACACAUGUUACUUAAUGAAAUGUUGAAGUUGUUAUUUAAGUAGUUGUAUGUAGUGCAAUAAAGUUUAAUAUAUAAUGCUGAGUUUACAGCCACAGCUAGAACAGUAACUGAAACAAAAUUUUGUAGCUGGGUUUUACAACCACAGUUAUACCACAAUUUACAAACAUAUACAACAGUAACAAUAUAAAUGUAAAUAACAACAUAAAUGUAUAAACCUACUGAUGAUGCUGACUUGGUUUGCAAUAUGCGAUAGUUUAUGUAUUUUAUCAAUUUUUUAAUACAACUUCCAGUUUUCAGAUAAAAUCUAAUAGGAUAAAUAGUUUAAGAUCCGGACCAGUGUCCUGGGACCACAAAUUUAAAAUAUUCAAUUUCAAUGAAGUGUAUGGCACAUAAUAAAUUUAAGACAUUUAAUAAUUCAAAUUUUAAUCUGCAUUUCCUUACUAGCAUAUAAGUUUAGUCUCCAACAUUUCAGUGUAUUCAUUUUUUUCCGCCUGUGAAUAAUAAAGAGGCUUUUUAAAUCAUCCUAUGUACAUAAUUUAAUUUGGUAAGUGUAUGUGUGGUGGUAAAUUAAUGUGUUAUUAUAAUAAGUAUUAUAUUGUGAAAAAAUCGAUUCUGAUUUUAAUUUACUAAAAAAUUAAUAUGAUUAUUAGUUAGUUAUUGUUUGUAGUGUUGAUUUUAUUGACUUGUACCACAAUAUUUUAUUAUAUUAUUGACACUUAUUAGUAUUAUAUUAACCUAAAAAAAGACUUACAGAGAACAUUGUCAUAUAUUUAGUGUUAAGGUAAUAUAAUUUAUACAAAGCUUUUUGCAUUUUUUGUUAUUUAUUUGUCAUCUUUUUUAUUAUUUCCAUCAAGAGUAUUUAUUUGAAUAAUUCAAGAUAAUAUGGUUGCAUAUAUUCUGUAUAACAGAAAAUUAAUUUUAAACAGUCAACAUAAGUUUGUUACCCAAUUUAUUAUUGGAUGUAUAAACCAUUGUAGUAUUCAACCAACUUUUAACUUGACCAUUUAUUAAAAGUUUUUAUAUUUUUUU